AUGUCUGAAGAAUUAUCAAAUACUGAAUUUGAAAAAUCAAGUCUUUCUCUUUGUGCAGCAAUAAAAACAGUUAAAGAUACAAAUAUUAAAAUUUCUGGUCAAAUUGGUCGAAUUAUUGAAUGUUUACCAUUACCAUUUGAUGCUCCGAAUGCAAGAAAACAAAAUAAAAAUGAACAAUCACAUAUUUUACAAGCGUAUUAUCAACUAUUAUGGAAACAAAUGGAACAAAGAACAUUUACAUUACAUCAAUCAAAUUUUGAUUAUUCUGAUAAACAUUUAUAUAUUAUUCAAUCAAUCUUCAGAUGUUCAAAAACCAAAAAUAUCAAGAGAAAUACCAAUUAG